AUUCCUUUGCCUUGUAUGGCUAAACGCUCUAGACGCGCCCGACUGCGGGAGUUUGACCUUAUUGGCCAAAUCAGGAACAGGGAGGUGUGGAGAAAGUCUGAAAAUCCAAACAAACUUCCCUUCAGUCUGACCGAGGAACAACCCCAACACAGUCGCACAUUCUCAACCUGUUUCAACAGAAAGACAAGAAACAAGAUGUCUGCUGCCAAGCGUGCCAAGGGAAAGACCACGAAGAAACGCCCGCAGAGGGCUACUUCCAACGUGUUUGCCAUGUUUGACCAAUCGCAGAUCCAAGAGUUCAAAGAAGCCUUCAAUAUGAUUGAUCAGAACAGAGAUGGCUUUGUUGAUAAAGAGGAUCUUCAUGAUAUGCUGGCGUCUCUUGGGAAGAACCCGUCGGAUGAGUAUCUGGAGGGUAUGAUGAGUGAAGCUCCAGGACCCAUUAACUUCACCAUGUUCCUCACCAUGUUUGGAGAACGUCUAAACGGAACCGACCCUGAAGACGUCAUACGAAACGCCUUCACAUGCUUUGACGAGGAAGCUUCCGGUUUCAUUCAUGAAGACCACCUCCGUGAGCUGUUGACCACCAUGGGCGAUCGUUUCACAGAUGAAGAAGUGGACGAACUGUUCCGAGAGGCACCAAUCGACAAGAAAGGAAACUUCAACUACGUCGAGUUCACUCGCAUCCUCAAACACGGAGCUAAGGACAAAGAUGACAUCUGAAAUCUUUGAAGUCAUCAGCCACUGAAGGGGCAAUUUGUGUCAUUCAUUAGAUCUACAGAAGCCCAUUUUGAAGUCUUAAAACACUAAUAUAAUACGAAAUGAAGACAUGAUCCAAACAUAUGAAGUUCAAGAUGUCGAAUCAUCUCCAGAAUGUUCACGUAGACUAUUGUAAAGAUUCAGAUUAAGAUCUUUUUAAGAAAAUUAUGUGCAUUACAGAAUAGGUUUGUUAGCAUUUGCCAAAAACUCUUAUUUUAUCAUUGUUCUGUAAAUGACACCUGGUAUAUAUCAUGUUAAAAUAAAUAUCUUUACCAUUGGACCCAUGAA